AGGACUGAUGAGAACCAACAAAGGAACACAAGAACAAAAAUAUUGAAUCAACAAGGAGAGAGGAGACAAGCUGGUGAAGAUAGAGAUUUAUCUAGUUAAAUAUCUAUCCAGAAUAUCCACAGGAUUACAAUCACCAUGGUUACACUGGACUUCAGGACGAUGACGGUGCCCGUGGGCAUCGUGCGCAUACUGGAGGUGAUCUUCACCUGCAUCUCCUUCAGCCUGGUGGCGUCGGCGGGCCACAGAACCGACUCCUUCUGGACGUGGUGCAUGUUCACCUGGUGCUUCUGCUUCUGCGUCACCCUCCUCAUCCUCUUCCUGGAGUUCACCAGCCUCGCCGCCAAGUUGCCCAUCUCCUGGGAUGACUUCACGUCCUCUUUUGCCAUGUUGGCUACUCUAAUGGUGUUGGCAGCAUCCAUCAUCUAUCCCGUCUUCUUCACUUGCUCUAGCUGCGGCAAACAGAUUGGCGCCACCGUCAUUUCCUGCCUGGCCUUCAUCCUGUAUGCCAUCGAGGUCGGGCUGACGCGGGCUAAACCCGGCGAGAUUAGUGGAUUUCUGUCCACGGUCCCGGGCCUCCUCAAGGUUCUGGAGGCCUUCGUGGCCUGCAUCAUCUUCAUCUGCUUGGACGACAGCUGGUACUCGAGGUUUCCAGGUCUCCAGUGGUGCGUCGCCGUCUACUCCAUUUGCUUCAUCUUUGCCCUCCUCGUCAUCAUUUUUACUAUCUGUCGCCUUCUGACCCUCUUCCCCGCACCGUUUGACAAAGUCCUGACAUGCUGCAACGUGUUGGCAGUGUUGAUGUACAUCACAGCUGUGGUCAUCUGGCCGCUGUACAGCUUCAAGAACAAUCCCAGGCCGAGCUUCUGCACGAAAGGGGUUAGAUGUUCCUGGGAUAAUUUAGUGGUGAUCACUUUCAUGACCUGUUUCAACCUGGCUGCUUACAUCGCUGAUACUGUUUAUUCUUUUAGGCUGGUGUUCUUCGUCAGCAGAACGUAGGUUGCAAAUACGUCUCAUAUUUCAGGAGCAGGAGAAUGUAAAGCAUCUCUUGUGCGACUUUUGUUAAACAUAUGUUAUUUCACUGUUGUUUUCAUGAUGAUCCCAACACACUCGGGUUUGUUGAUCUGAAUGAGGGUGUCUUUUACCUCUCAUGAUUCUCUGAGGACAUGAGACAACAGUGGUUGUGUCUAUUUUUUUAUGUCAGAAAGAUGUGAACCCGAUCUCUUUUCUAAUGCUUCUUCCUCCUCUGUGAUUUUCACCUGAUCCUUAUUAAUUAUCUCAUUUUGAUACAGCAUUGAUGUGACCACGUCCUUCUCAGUUGAAAACUCAUUAAGUGCAUAUAUUCUUGUUGAUUUCAGCGUGUGAAAUAUGAAUAAAAUGUAGUAAAAGUGUG